AUGUCGACGAGGUUCUGGAAGGCGCUGACCCGAAAGAAACGGUUCGAAGGCGAUUCGCACCUGGAGACGAACCUCCGACGGUGUCUCGGCCUACUCGAUAUCACGUUCUUGGCGCUCGGCCAGAUGAUGGGCGCCGGCAUUUACGUGCUGACCGGCACCGUCGUCCGCAAUCAAGCCGGUCCCUCGAUCGUCUUCUCGUUCAUCCUCGCCGGAAUCGCCGCGUUGCUCUCCGCCUUCAGUUAUGCCGAGUUUGGAGCGAGGUAUGGCGAGCGCACGAUGACCGCUUGCUAUUAUCCAUUUCCCUACUCAUCUCCUCCUCGGAACUGCCAAUUUUUUUUGCAGAUUUCCACGUGCUGGAAGUGCCUACACGUACACUUAUAUCGGAUUCGGCGAACUUUGGGCGUUCAUCGUCGGAUGGACAAUACCGCUGGAGUAUAUGAUCGGAAAUGCUGGUAUUUUACCGUUUUAUGAUUUUUUUUCGAUAACCUUUAUAUUCUGCACAUAGUCUCGCGACGAUUUGAGUCAUUUUAAGCGCUUGUGGGGCUCUGUAGCAUUUUUUGAAAAAAAGUUAUGAUUUUUCAAAUGCGGUAUGUGCAAAAACUGUAAUUUCAGCGGUCGCCCGUUCAUGGUCGGCGUAUUUCGACAAUCUUUUCGAUAACGUCGUCAGAAACACUACGAUUAGUGUGGUUGGACAACUGGGAACGGUACGUUUUUGGGGGACCAACUUUUUGGGACCAUACAAUAUCGAUUUACGUUCAGCCCGGCGGAUUCUUCUCGACCUAUCCGGAUAUUCUGUCUUUUGUGCUCAUUUGUCUGUGCUCCAUCGUCAUUGCGAUCGGAUCCAAAGUCUCGGCGAACGUCAAUACCAGUUUUGUGGUGCUGAACAUUGUGGUGGGUCUUUGAAGCGAUAUUGUCGAGUUCUGAGACGUCCUAUGAUGCUAAAAAAUUUUUUAAUGGAAUCUUGAGGUCUAGUAGAUCAUUUUUGCAGUUGACACUUUUUCUCUACGCACACGCGCUAGGCUACUGUAGGCCGUUGAAUUUUUUCAAGAUAUUGUAUAGUCCUAACUUUGGCAAGCUACAGUACUCCAGCGCGUGGGCGUAGAGAAAAAGUGUAAACUGCAAAAAUGCUCUACUAGACGUCAAGAUUUCAACAAAAACAAAUUUGAAACCAUAGGACACUCUACAACUGCACAAAGUCUCGCCCAAAACUACAGCAACCGUUUUCAGGUGAUCAUGAUCGUGAUCAUCUCGGGACUGUCCUACGCGGACGUCUCCAACUGGUCAGGCACCACUUCCGACGGUCGAUCCAACUUUUUCCCUUUCGGAAUCACCGGGACCCUCACCGGAGCCGCCACCUGCUUCUUCUCCUACAUUGGCUUCGAAGUACUCGCUUCAGCUGGGGAAGAAGUCAAAAGUAAUCCGGUUUUUGGGGGCAGUUUUCCAGAAUCUUCCAGUAUUUCAGAACCUCAUCAAACCAUCCCGAUUGCCACGUUUCUGAGCAUUGGCAUCAUCAUGACCUUGUACAUUUUGGUGUCUUCCACACUGACUUUAAUGUUGCCCUAUGAUCAGGUGAGUCUUUUUGUUGCUCCAACUUUUAGGGACUGUCUGUUAUUUUGACAACAAAAACAUUCAUGCUGACCACCAACUUUCUGUUUCGAAAUGAGCAGAUAAAGUGAUGAUUUUGAAACGGAAACUUUUCGCUCGUCCGGAGCACAUUUUUGCCGUUGUUGUAAACCAUCAAAAUCGCGUAUUUUUGAGUCAAAUUAGGCGUUUAAAGGUGGUGUCCAACGUGACAUACAACAUAUUUUUAAAAUAAACUUCGAAGUGGGGCAUUCACUUUCCCAAAGUCCCGAAUUACGAAAAAAAAUUCUUUUUCAUUACUUUGAAAAAUAUAACUUUCUGUACCUCGCAAACUUCAAUUAAGACUCAGGAAAUGAUUGAGCGAUCUCUUUCUAUUUAUUUUUCAGCGCGCAAACCGAAGAUUGAGCGAAAAACCCGGAAAAACAAAAAAAAAAGUUUCAGAUUAUCGAUUUUUUUGGCGUCACGGCACAGAAAAAAACAUACGUUUUUUUAAAUAUUGCAAAUAAAUGUGUUCAGUGAAAAAACGAUUGAAAAUCUAAGAAAAUUGCACGAAAACGGAAAAAAAUCGGAAGAAAGGGGAAUUUCAUCCGGGGACUAGAAAAAUCUAGGCCAGCCCUUCCAUUUCGCCGUGUACUUCUCUCGGUACCAUUAACUUUUUUGAAAAAAAUCUUAAAAAUCGGGGAAUUUUUUUCGUAAUUCGGGACUUUGGGAAAGUGAAUGCCCCACUUCGAAGUUUAUUUUAAAAAUAUGUUGUAUGUCACGUUGGACACCACCUUUAAUAUUGCCGUUUCAAUGUCCUUUCAUAUUCCCGUUCCUCAACACGUUUCUAAUCGAAUUCAUUUUUAACUAUUUUUGAAAAAUGAUAACAUUUUUCAAAAAAAUGCUACAAAGCCCCACGAGCGCUUAAAAUGACGACGGUUUCGCGUUGCAGGUCGACACAACGGCGCCGUUUGCGGAGGCGUUCGACGCGCACGGCUCCUCGACCGUCAAGUACAUAAUAUCGAUUGGCGCGCUGGUCGGACUGACGAACAAUCUCGUGACGGGCGUGUUCGCACUGCCACGCAGUGUGUACGCGAUGGCCGAAGACGGGCUCAUCUUCGGAUGGCUGGCCAACGUGAACUCGCUGACGAGAGUGCCCCUCAACGCGAUCCUCAUCUUCACACUCAUCAACGCGCUCAUCGCACUCAUCUUCGAUAUUGAGGCACUUGUGAGUUUCCCAAGACCAAUUUAAGAAUGUUCCAAAAAGUCUGCUGAAAACGAAGAAUUGCCUAGUUAUGGGCUGUGAAAAAAUUAUUAUUAUCCGUUUUUUUUUCGUUUUUUUACGUCAAAAAAUCCAAUUCAGCGAUGUAAAAAAACGAAAAAAACGGAAAACAAACAUACGCAUAAUAUCACGGAACCCCCGUCCUUCCAAUAAAAAAAUGCCUUGGCACGCAAUUCACGUGCGCUAAACAAGGCGCGUAACGCGUAAUUCCGGAGCGUCGUUGUAGAGUUUCUCAUUUCAAUUUUCCCCCUUUUUUUGCAUUAUCCCCAUCUUUUCAGAACCAAUCAGUGUCAAAACGUAUGAGAAUGAUUAGAAAUGAAUAAAAAAUAAAAUGUUAACUGCUUCGUCAUCAAUUUUGAAACGUUUUAUGUAAAAAUUACAGCAUUUUUUUCCUUUUGGAAUCGAAAAUUUGCCUCAAUUAUCUCAAUUCUGUAUAUUUUUCGACGGUUGAGCGCUUAAAAGAUGCGCAAUAACCUGCGUGUUGACUGGACGGUUCGAAAUCGCUAAAACUCCGCUUUUUUUCAGUAGUUUUCGACAAAAUCCCUCAAUUUGGUCAAUUCUGAACUAAUCUGCUCCGUUUCGCGCUUAAAUCGAUGCUUUUAACUCAGAAAAUCGCCCUACGGGUUCGCAAAGAACAAAAUUUGAGUGUUUAUUAAGAGAAAAACGAAAGAAUUCUGGUUUUUAAUUGAAAAAAGAAACUCCGAGUCGACGUGGUGGAUGCAAGCGCGCCCCAUUGACAACUCGCUUGCGCAUUGGAAUGCUGGGUAUACAAAGUUUAACUGUUAUAAAAAGUUCAAAAAGUUCGUGCAUUCCUUUUUAAAAAAAAUCUGCAGGUGGAGUUCCUGUCGAUCGGCACCCUGUUCGCCUACUCGUUCGUCUCCGCCUCGGUGCUCGUGCUCCGCUUCCAGUGUGCUCCGAUCGACGGCGACGAGAAACGCGUGGAUUGCGGCGGUCAGCUCAGCUCCUGGAUCCCGUUCCGCAAUUUCUGGGAGUCGUUGCCGGCCGGCACCUCGAUUUCUGUCGGAGUCUCCGGCCUCAUCGCCUCGUUUUUCUGGCUCGCUUUCACUUUUCGGACGGGAGUCUAUGAAUCGAGCUACGGACUCAUUUCGAUUGGAUUCAACGGUGUCCUCAUCGUUUUGCUGUUCGCUUUCAUUUUGGGACAUGAGCAGAACUCGCUGAAGACUAGUUUUAAGGUGAGUCGCGGUUGCGAAAUGUCCAUUUUCAGUUGCAAAAAUGCGAAACAAUUAUCCACGUUUCAAAGUUUUUCAAAUAUUACUACGGUCAGCGUUGCUGCCAAACGUCCUGUGGCUUUCAAAAAUUUUGUGUACAAUCUAGACAUCUAGUAGAACAUUUUUGUAGUUGACACUUUUUUCCUACGCCCACUGCCUGGAGUACUGUAGCGCGUGGAAGUUAGGAUUGAAAUUUGUCGGCUUAAAAUUGUCAAAACUUCUAGGAGCUACAGUACUCUUAGAAGUGCUCGUAGAAAAAUGUUGUCAACUGAAAAAAUGUUUUACAAGUCUGUUACUAUACUUUUGUAGUUGACAAUUAUUCUGUAAAACCAUUUCGUAGAGUACUGUAGCGCUUGGAAGUUAGGAUUGAAAUUUGUCGGCCUAAAAAUUGUCAUAACUUCCAAGAGCUACAGUACUCCAGCGCGUGGACGUACAAAAAAAGUGUCAACUGCAAAAAUGCUCUACAAGGUGUCAAGAUUACAGUGGAAAAAAGUUCAAAACCCUAGAUCAUCUAUAAAUUCAGAAACGGCCUUCGCAAAAGUCGGCACAUUUUUCAGGUCCCGUUCGUUCCAUUCCUCCCGUGUCUCUCGCUCCUCGUCAACGCUUUCAUGAUGUCCUAUUUGACAUAUGCCACGUGGAUUCGUCUCUUUGUUUGGAUGUUCAUUGGUGAGUAUUCUGAAUCGAUUUUAAAAUUGUAGCUCACGGUUUGUGAGAUUUACCGAAUCGCAAAAAAUGAUUCACAUUCAAACUCAUAUAUCUCAGCUACCUUUAGAGAUAUAAAAAAGUUGUCAACUGAUGAAAUGUUCACUAUAAAAUUCUCUACAUUUCCCCAGUUGACCACUUUUUCGUAGCUCGCCCCGCAACCGAGAUACACGACAUUUUCAGGUCUCCUAAUCUAUUUUUCCUAUGGAAUUCAUCACUCGAAAGAGGCGAAACGACUGACCACAAUUGCGGACAUCCGAAUGAGUUCCACGUUUCCCAAUAAGAAUAAUCGCAUUCCGAAACAGUGA